UCUCCCAUGGUUUCUCCGCACGCUUCCCGCGGUUGGCUUGGCUUACUCGACUUCCAUUUCCCGUAUUUGUCUAGGAAGCACUGUAGGUCUCGCACGGCUCUCGUGCUCUCCCGCGAAUUCCCGUCUGGGCGCCGUCGGAGAGUUGUUGCCUCCUCCGCUUCCCGGAGUGUCAUGAAUCUCAGUGAUGGUUAGGACUAAGAUGCGACUAAAAUCGGUGCUUUUAGGCUAGUAUUUAUUACCUUAUCAACAAUUGCGCCCAUUCCCGGCGGGGGCCCGCAUCGCGCCCGAAGAUGUCGAACUCCAAGUCCGGUGAGCAGUGCAUGUGGACCACCACAGGGAUGGUGGUGACGGCGGCCGUCAUUGAUCCCUCCCGCGAUGCUGGUGUGGUCGUCCCAGGGAAGGCCGGUAACGAGGAGACGUACGUGGUGGCCAAGUACGACUACGUGGCCCAGGGCAGCCAGGAGCUGAGCCUGCGCAAGCACGAGCGCCUGGUGCUGCUGGACGACAGCAAGCACUGGUGGAAGGUGCAGAACGCGCAGCGCCAGGCCGGCUUCGUGCCGUCCAACUACGUGAAGCGCGAGAAACCGUCGCUCUUCGACAGCAUCCGGCGCCGGGUGCGCAAGCGCAGCGAGGCCAAGCUGUCGCCGGCCUCGUCGCCCGUGGCCGCAGACGAGCCGGGCGGCGGCGGCGGGGGCCCGGCCGAGGCCUGCGGCACGGCGCUGGUCCGUUACAACUAUGAGGCCAAGCAGGCCGACGAGAUCUCGCUCGUUAAAGGCGGUCGCGUGCUCGUCAUGGAGAAGUCCAGCGACGGCUGGUGGAAGGGCGAGCACUGCGGCCGCCUAGGAUGGUUCCCAUCAAACUACGUCCAGGAGGAAGCGUCCAGCCCAGAUGAGGCAGCCACACCAACUGAUGGGCCUGUGGUGCUGGAGACGGUGGUAGCUCUGUACAGCUUUGCCUCACAAAAUGAGGAAGAGCUCAGCUUUACCAAGGGCGAGCAGCUCGAGGUGAUAGAGAAGCCAGAGAACGACCCUGACUGGUGGAAAGCACGCAACCAGUCAGGUGACACUGGUCUGGUGCCCAAAAACUAUGUGCAGGUGGUGGUGGCGACUCCAGCCUCAGCAUCGACCACACCCAAGCCUUCAACACCUGUGCCGCAGCCAGCCAUAGCGCCACGGCCUGAGCUGCAUGCCAAGGAGUGGUACUUUGGCAGCAUCUCUCGCUCCCAGUGUGACCAGGUGCUCAAUGACCAUGCAGUCGAUGGGGACUUCCUCAUACGGGACAGCGAGACAAACGUUGGCGAUCUCUCUGUGUCCCUCAAGGCACCGCAACGCAACAAGCACUUCCGUGUCCACGUGGAGGAUGGUGUGUACUGCAUUGGUCAGCGGAGGUUCUCCAAUUUGGACGAUCUUGUGGAGCACUACAAACGGGCACCUAUCUACACCAGCCCCAAGGGGGACAAGAUGUAUCUGGUGCGGCCCUUUCGCAAACCCUGACCCCGGUGGCUGACGCUGCCAAUCUUUUCUACGAGGCCAAUCAUGGCCCCAGUUUGUACGCGUCUCUCCUACUUACUAGUCAGUGCCGUCGUGCUUGUCCGCCAUUGUAAGGUCUCUUAGGCCUGGCCCACUCAGGCUGUGCUGUGCUCAACGUCUUGAGGAGUUGCGCGCUGCUGGUAAGAUGAAGAAGCUUGCACCUUUGCUGUUAAGUGCAGGGAGAGGCAGGGGCUAGCCAGGCAUCGCUGGCAGAUCUAGAACUGCAGAGUAGGUUGCAGAAUAGGCAGACCGAAGAAUGGGUUGCUGCACUGCUGUGUCCCAUGCGCCAUAGCAAAGCCUGGACCCACUGCAGGAGCUCCAAGCAGUGUAAUGUCAUCGCACUGCUCCUGUGUAGUGCUGAUACUGCUCCUUAACAUGGUAUUUCACAGAUCUAAGACUGCAGUACAGGUUGUACAAGCAAGAUGGGAAGUAGAUUUCUGAACUGCUUUAGUUGGUCUCGGGCACUGGUAGAAAAAUACUGAGGUCUUGUUAUAAGGCGAACUGGUCGGUUUGUAGAAGUCCUUACGUGGUUUCAUCCACUACUCUAUGCUGAACAGCCUUGGCUGGUCUUGAGCACUGCAAGAAAAAGGACGAUCUCUUUCAUCUGCUUUGUUGUAGCAGUUAUGCAGGUAACGACACAUCAGAAGGAGUAUGCAGAGAACAAGCACAGCACAGGUACUCCUGAGCAUUGCUAUGUGGAUGUACGUACUUCAUUUCCAUUGGAGAACGGAGCUGAACAAAUUGAGUACUUGAGCAUGUGGCUUUUAGAUGGUUUUUAAAAUGUCUCAUAACUCUCAUGGUAUUGAUGCUGGUAUCAAGCUUCCAGAAAUUAGGUAGCAGCACUAUGGUGAAUGUAAAGGGCCCCUCACCAGGUUUGGGCAUUGCAUACAGACACCCGUUGUGUGUAGAGAUUGUGUGGAGAAAAAACACAAGUGAUGCACCGGCAGUGGCAAAACACAAGACGCAGCUGCCGCAUGGCAGCUUUCUCAUGCCAUGGGAGGGAUUGGUCAUGGACCAAUUGUUUGCAGCUUGCCAUGUGCUGCGGACGGAGGAGACCAGUGAGAGCGCCCCCUGUAACAACGCUGCAUGGGCUCACAAUAUCAGUAAAUGAAAUGAAUAAUGCUCUGCCUGAAUAGAGACACAUUUGAGCAUAGGCUGCCUAGAAGCGAGGCAUGCAUUCGUAUUGAAUGACUGCAAAUUACUCAGCAAAGGUAAUUUACUUUGUACAUUCACUUGGGAACUCUACAGAACAAAUGCUGGUCUCCUGCAGAAAAAUUAUUGCAAGCAGUUACCCUUUGCUUUGUCUCUGUUCCUCGGAAGUCCAAAGCGUUGUUCAGAGUCUUGAAUAUUCUAACAAUACAAAUACUGAACAAUUUCGAAUAUUGAAUUCUUGAAUCUAACAGUCUUGAAUAUUCUAACAAAAACAAAUACUGAACAAUUUCGAAUAGUGAAUUCUUGAAUCUAACCAAAUAACAAGCACCAUUCGAAACGUAUCCGAAAUUUCGAGUGUUCGCACACCUCAUGUCAUAUAAAUCAGCUAAUAAUGUCUUAAAUGUGAAUCAACAGGAAACAGGUUUACAAUUGAAGGAUACCUGUGAUAUGCAGAACGCACAGAUCCACCUCUGAAAAUGUACCACGCAGUGAGAAAGAAAAGAUAUGGGAGAUGCCAGGGUGGACAAAAAUAGAGCAGGUCAACUCUUGGCCCCGAUGCAGGAGAAGGCAGGAGAGGGACAUUACUUGCAGGAACUGGUACUCUGGUCGAGGCAACUGCAUGCAGUGAGGGUCUCCUGCACCUUACUAUAUUUCUUUGCUUCUAUACCGCCUACUACUGAACCGUGCUAUAAAAGGCUCGCCAUAAAGCCCUUUAUAACUCCUAGUGUAUAACCAAAAUUUUCGAUGCAGCCUGGUGAAGGGUCACUUUAAGGUUACGCGAGUAGUGAAAUUAAUCAAUCUAAAAUGUGUCUCAGGGUGUUCAUUGCUUUAUGAAUGGGCUUGUGCUACGGGCAACCUUGCACACUGUCACAUAGUGAUGUGGCAAAUACAGUGCAGCCUUGGUUUGCUUGAGAGAGAACAGCCUCACAACACAACAGCAGAACAAAUGUACCGAUAAGCACGAAUACCUUUGACAUUCAGAAUGAUUUUUUGAUUGAGCAGUUUUCUUAUCGGAGCCUGCGUGCAGCCAGCUGAAAAACAGAAAAAUUGCAUUGCAUUUCAUGGAUGCUGAACUAACCUUUAUCCCAUGUUUGACAGCAGGAUGUUUAUGUAUGCCUUUCCUACCUGAUAAAUGACAUAGGCAUUGAGUGUUUCUUGAUCCUCCUCCUCAUGUCUCCUGACAAUCGUGCACUAUGAGGGAGAAACUCUGAAAUCUGUAAACCUCCCUCAGCACUUUUUUACAUAUGCAGGCACUUUGUACCAUGGCAGGUAGACUUUGUCAAGACCUCAUCAAGCGUUUUAUACGUAUUGCUGCCUCUGGAUUUCUGUCAAAGUUCUGUAUACCGUAAGCCUGUGCAGUCACCAUACUUGCCCAGGUAUAUAUAAUACAAUCACAAAUCAGAAGUGGCAUUUGGCAUACUGAAAUCCCAUGCAUUAACAAAAGUAAGUUGUUAUAAUGUAACCUGAGGACCAUGCAUACAGCAACCUCAGGCACAAGCUUAGAAAAGCUGAAACUGGCCUGCACAGAUGCCAGUAGACGGGCACAUGUAAGCUGUUCAUUGUCUACAGUCUGUCCUUAGCUGCUCCCAACUGCCUGUGAGCAACAAAGCCCAAUGUGGGCCCUUGCCCUGCUGCUGCUGUUGCACCACUUUGCACCCCAGUUGAGUUGACAAAUCUACUUGAGGUUGUGUGGCGUUGCCUUUUUCCCCCCAUACCUUUGAUUCCUGGUAGUUGAGCCUGGUGCUUCAAAUAAAAACAAAUGUCAUAUUCCUAGCAUCAUUUCAGGUGUGCCCUGAAAACCACUUUUAAACAGGAAAUUAUAAGGAAAAAAUUGUGUGGUAAAAGAAUUUGUGCAAAUGCAGUAUCUUGCACCUGUUGCUUAGUAAUAGACUAUUUGCUGUACAUUGACGGCAGGCCGUGAUAUCCUGCUGUUAUUCUGUGACAAGGAAAUUUCUCAUGCCUGCACUUGAAGGCAUAAGUCAACUCUGUAUCUUGCAAUAAUAUGCCACAGACCAGAUUUUUUAAGGUGCUUUCUGCUUGUCAACACUGUUGGCACUGAAUUAUGGUGUCAGUUUACAGACUAGAUUUACAGAUCGUCAUAUUUGAAUCUUGCAAAUGCAGCACAUUUGCAAGUUAUAGUCACUGCACUUCGUGUUAACUCACUUUCCGAGUUGCGCUGCUGACACCCUUACAAAGGGGCACCUAACACCAUGAAAUCAUGUUAGGUAGGUAUAUAUGCUCUCAACACUGUGUAUUCUUUCUUUAUUUCUCAUAUAAAGGUUGAUAUUUAAUGGAAAAAAUCAAGGCCAAGCUUUGCUUUUUGUAUUAAGUGCCAAAACCAUGGCACCGGUGAUGUUACAUUGUGGACUUUACCGUGUUUCCUUGUUUGGGUUGCCAAAAGCUGCCAAGUUGCGCCUUUACUUGGUACUUUCAAAUGCUGUCCAGAUCCAUGACAUCAUGGUAAGCUGGUGCAGAGAUCUCAAGGUGGCAUCUCUGCCACUCUUCCAUUGCUUUCUGCCUUACCGAACCUCUGUUCUUGCAAAGGCUGGCUUACUCAAUCUUCCGGAAGUGUAACUCUGGUAGUUAACCAGUCUAGGUUAAUUGUUCCAGCAUUAGGCCCAAAGUGGUUCUUUCAAGAAGUAAUCUUGGUGCAUGUAUUAGAACAGACCUACUUUAUCCUAUUUUAUCAUCUCUAUGUUCACGGUGUGUGUCCGUGGAUUCUGAUGGUGCCAUGAUGUCAGUAGCCCUUGCUACUGUGCUUGUGUAUGAAGCAGCCCUGGGUCAACUGUUGAGGUUAGCCAUAUUGCAGGUGUCUUCAACAUAUUUUUCUUGUGUUCUCGGUGCACAAUCUUCUACACUUCUGGAAAUAAUCUUUUUAAUACCACAAGAAAAAGUUCAGGAAAUAAAAAAUUAGAUACCAAGUGGCUUGUUCAUAGGUGAAGAAAGCACUUGCAACUGUGGUUGCCUCUAUUUAGUGCUAUAGAAACCUGCCAGGAGCAGUGCAGUAGCGGCAGCAUGGUGAUGUGUUGGUCUGUUCCCAGUUUCACGCUCAGUGUUGCAGUGGUGGCAUUACGCGAGCACAGCCGGAGCAGGCCAGUCGGGGAGAUCUGUGUUCCCCUCCCGACUCUUCCCCUCCCCAACCCCCUCUGCUGCGGCAGCCUGAACAUUCCACACAAAGGUCCCACAGGCUGCCAGAGGUGCAGUGUGUGCAGCUAGAGGCCUCCCGCUGCCUGCUCGUCUGUACAACACGAGGCAGCGUUCAAGGGUGAGGCAAACACACAAAGCUCUCUUAAAAUGCUCUAACUGCAUUUACGAGGCUGUCUUAAUUUAUUUGACGGAUUGUAUGAUGGGGCUGCGUGACAUGGUAAUGAUGAGCAAAGCAUGUGAAUGAGUAACAUUUAUUUUGCUCUGUGUGACUUGAAAGGGUUUGAUGACUCCGAAUAAAAAGUACAAGCCUCUGUGUAA